CUGCGUGACUCGUGGAGCGCGACUGUACUGCGUGUUUCCUUCCACGCCGUCUGAUCUGUGUGAUCCAAAACUGAUUCGUGGACCAAAGAUGUCGGGUCUGAAGAAGAGGAGCUCGAACACGUCGGUGAACCAGGGUGAGGAGGCGGCGGAGAAGAUGCUCGGUGGGGAGAACGGCAGCUCAGCCAAGGCAGGUGGCACCGAGACGGGAGAGGAGACGGUGGUCCUGCAGCGGACCAUCACGCUGUUGAACGGUGUGGCCAUCAUCGUGGGCACCAUCAUCGGCUCGGGGAUCUUCGUGACACCCACCGGGGUGGUGAAGGAGGCUGGAUCGGUGGGCUUGUCGCUGGUGGUCUGGACGAUAUGCGGCGUGUUCUCCACCAUAGGCGCGCUCUGUUACGCAGAACUGGGCACCACCAUCACCAAAUCCGGCGGGGACUAUGCCUACAUCCUGGAGGUGUAUGGUUCUCUUCCGGCCUUUCUCAAGCUCUGGAUUGAGCUUCUUAUUAUCAGACCUUCCUCCCAGUACAUCGUGGCUUAUGUGUUUGCCACCUACCUGCUCAAGCCUUUGUUCCCGGCGUGCCCGGUGCCCGAAACUGGGGCCAAACUGGUAGCCUGCUUGUGCAUCCUGUUACUGACCGCCAUCAACUGCUACAGCGUCCGGGCCGCCACCAGGGUGCAGGACGCCUUCGCCGCCGCCAAGCUCUUCGCCCUGGGAAUCAUCAUCAUCAUCGGCUUCGUGCAGAUCGGCAAAGGUGACACCGUGGCGCUCCUGCCCGAGAACUCCUUCAAAGGGUCCAACGGCGAUUUCGGCAAAAUCGGCCUGGCGCUCUACAGCGGACUGUUCGCCUACGGAGGCUGGAAUUAUUUGAAUUUCGUAACGGAGGAAAUGAUCGAGCCGUACAAAAACCUGCCGCGUGCCAUCAUCAUCUCUCUGCCCAUCGUCACCAUCGUCUACGUUCUCACCAACCUGGCGUACUUCACCACCCUCAGUCCUGAGGAGAUGCUCAACUCUGAGGCUGUUGCUGUGGAUUUUGGGAACUACCACCUGGGCCCCAUGGCGUGGAUCAUCCCGGUGUUUGUGGGACUUUCCUGCUUCGGAUCCGUCAACGGCUCACUGUUCACGUCAUCCAGGUUGUUCUUCGUGGGGUCGCGUGAAGGUCAUCUUCCCAGCCUGCUGUCCAUGAUCCACCCGAACCUGCUCACCCCUCUGCCCUCGCUCAUCUUCACUUGCUUGAUGACUCUGCUCUACGCCUUCUCCAACGACAUCUUCUCCGUCAUCAACUUCUUCAGCUUCUUCAACUGGCUCUGCAUCGCCCUGGCAAUCAUCGGCAUGAUGUGGCUGCGCUACAAAAAGCCUGAGCUGGAACGGCCAAUCAAGGUGAACAUCCUGUUGCCGAUCUCGUUCGUGUUGGCGUGUCUGUUCCUCAUCAUCGUCUCCAUCUGGAAAACUCCGGCCGAGUGUGGAAUCGGGUUCGGGAUCAUCAUCACCGGCGUUCCCGUCUAUUUCUUCGGGGUCUGGUGGAAGAACAAACCCAAAUGGCUCCUGAACCUAAUCUUCUCCGCCACGGCGACGUGCCAGAAGUUCAUGGAGGUCGUACCUCAGCAAUCGUGAGGACGUCGAGGACCGUCUGCAAACCCUCCUGCGCACAAAUAAAAAACAGACAAACGUUCGUUUCCUCCCUGUUAACCUGCUGAUGUAGAUCUCCGUGCUCUGUCUGUGUAGUUCGUCGCGUUCCCCCGCCGUUAAAAUGGAAAACCAACCACGAGGGAGAGACGCUGGGAUGAAGGCAGGUUAUAGAAACACACCGGGAUGGAUUAUUCUCCCGUUUAUUUCACAUUUUGUUGUAUUAUAAUCGGCCAAAACAUUCCAAUUAUUUUCCACCAUUUUUUAUAAUUAGUUUUGUUUUUUUACCUGCAUUGUUUGUUACAUGUGUGUAUGUGUGUGUGUGUGAGCGAUAGUCUCAGUGUAGCUGCAGAUUCGUUGUGCUUGUUCUACGCUGCAGUUAUUCCGUUUGAAUAAACAAGAAUAUCCGUUAGCCGUCUGCAUUCGCUGCGGUCAACAAAAUGCCUAGCACGGCACGAUUGGCGAAAUGGCCGUACGAUACAUAGCAGUGUAUUAUAAUAUACAGUAUAUAUAAUAUAUAAGUAAUUCUUUCCACCUGUUUGAAUUUAACCGAACCGGAACCUCACCAGAACCAUCUCGGGAUCUCUGUGACUUUUUUACUCUGUGACUUGAGGAAGCUGGGGUCAGAGCGGAGGGUCAGCGCCCCAGAGCAGGCAGGGUUAAGGGCCUUGCUCAUAGCUGCUUGGCAGAACUGGGAUUCGAACCCACAAUCUUCCGUUUGAUAGCCCAAAGCUCUACGCUAGAUAGAGCUGAAUAUCACGUCUUUAUAUUUACUUUGCAGACAAACGUUAACAAGUUUAAACUUUUAGUGCCUCGUUUAUCAAUAAAAAAUAACAUUACUGUAGCUGUGUGUGUGUGUGUGUGUGUGUGUGUGUGUGUGUGUGUAUGUUAUGGCAUCAUGGGUUAAGUUAUAUGAAUACACUAUAAGGCCAAAAGUAUUUGGACAUCCUGUUUUAAAAACAGAGUGAUCUCUGUGUGAUCUUUUCAGCUAGAACAACAGCCGCUCUUCUGAGAAGGCUUCUCGCAAGACUUUGAAGUAUGUCUGUGGGAAUUUGUGCCUGUUCAGUCAAAAUAUGAUGGCAUUUGUAUGGCUGGGCGCUGAUAAUGAUGUUCCGGUUCAUUGCAGAGCUGUUGAGCUUUUCUUCAUGCUUCAACAGGAAAAGGCCUUCCCUAAACUGUUGCUGCAAAGUUUGAAGCAUAUUAUUUCUGUUAUAUGAUUGUUUUAUGACACCAGUUAGCAGCUGGUGUGGCUGAAACACAUGAAUUCAACAAUUAGAAAGGGCGUCCCAAUACUUUUGUCCAUGCAGGAUGUUUUUGUCCAGCUUUUCUGAACUGAAUACAGUUUGUUUAAACCUGGAGAAAAAUCUGACGUGGCAGCGUUUAGAUUCAGUAAAUAUUUACAGUAGAGAAGAAGCUGCUGGAUUUGAUCUGAUGUCAGUGUUAAAAGUGUUCUGGACGGAUUCCUGAUGUGUGUGGAUGUAUAAAACAAGUGCAGUUUCUUUUUUAAUAGUUAUAAAACAGUGCAGAUCGUUCAGGUUUUGGAUUUAAUUUGGGGUCGGUGUAGGGGAUGAAGGAAUUGUAUGACAGACAGUAAGAAAUGUUGUAAAAUAUAAUUUUUCUGGUUUUUUUAUGCUAAUAUGGAGCCAGAAUUGCUUAUAACAGAAGUUUAGACACUUUGCUUUAUGUUUUAGAGAAAUCAAACUGUUAAACUAACACUCCAGACUAACUUAUUUAGAGAUAUUCAGUUAUACACGUAUUUAUUUAUUUGUAGAGACUUAGUUCUCUAAUAUUUUAUAUCAGAU